GAAUUGUGUGCUUAGGCGCUGGGGCAGUUGAUGGUCAGCCUUAUCACCCACCUGACUCCCACCCCCCCACCUACAACUUCUAAUAUUUCAUUCAAUUCACAGUGGUUGUACCUUCGAUCACUCGCAGUUCAUUCUAGUGAAGGACAGCCAUGGCGAGCUCCACUCAGCUGAAAUCCGAUGCGAUCAUGGAGCAGAUGAAGCUCCAUAUGUCAACUGAUGCUGGCAAACAGCUUACCAAGAAAAUUGGACUCAUUUAUCAGAUCAAUAUUGCUCCCAAGAAACUUGGGUUUAAUGAGAAGUCUUAUGUCGUUGAUUUGAAGAAAGGGGAGGUCAAAGAAGGGACAUACGAAGAUGGGAAGCCAGACGCCACCUUCUCAUUUACAGAUGAUGAUUUUGUCAAGGUUGCCACUGGCAAGAUGAAUCCUCAAAUUGCUUUCAUGAGGGGUAAAAUGAAGAUAAAGGGCAGUAUCAGUGCAGCCCAGAAAUUUACACCCGACAUUUUCCCCAAGCCAUCAAAGAUGUGAGCAAUGAGGUUUCCAUGUGGUAUAAGAUCAGUUGAUUGAGGAUGUAAGUUGUCAAUUCCUUUCGGCUUCCUAUGUUGUAGUAGAAAUUCCUCGCACAUUGAAUUACCCAGAUCCCAGUACACCCUCUGGUAUCUCUAAUGUAAAAUGGAUGUUUUGCCCUCAUAGUCAAAACAUAAAUCUUGAUUCUGCUCAGAAAUAAAACUUUUUUAUUUA